UCCCUCCGUGGUGUGCCAGCCGUUUCUCAGGAGCCGAGUCGGCCUACAAACUCAGCCACUAGGGUUUCUAGCUUUCACCUGAGGGUCGCGGCGCACGUGCGGCGGAUACUCCCACCCCCCGUGGGAGGCGGGGUCGUGCUCAGAGCCAAUGCGAGCUUGGGAGGUGGAGGGGUAGGGAAGCUUCCAGAGGCCGAUAGGGAGGAGGUUAUAAAAGGGACCAACGCCAGACCAGCGCCAGAGCCAUGCAGUCCAAGCGGGAGUACGAGCUGUGGUGUGAGAGGGUGAAUCCAGAGAACAAGGCGGCGCUGGAGGCGUGGGUCAGGGAGACGGGCAUCCGCCUGGUGCAAGUGAACGGGCAGAGGAAGUAUGGCGGGCCGCCCUCAGGCUGGGUGGGCAGCCCGCCGCCGCCCGGGUCCGAGGUGUUUAUCGGUAGGCUGCCCCAGGACGUGUACGAGCACCAGCUGAUCCCACUGUUCCAGCGCGCGGGCCGCCUCUACGAGUUCCGCCUGAUGAUGACUUUCAGCGGCCUGAACCGGGGCUUUGCCUACGCCCGCUACAGCUCGCGGCGCGGGGCCCAGGCCGCCAUCGCCACGCUGCACAACCACCCUCUGCGGCCCUCCUGCCCGCUGCUCGUGUGCCUCAGCACCGAGAAGUGCGAGCUGAGCGUGGACGGGCUGCCGCGGGCCCUGACCCGCCGCGCGCUGCUGCUCGCGCUGCAGCCGCUGGGGCCGGGCCUUCAGGAGGCGCUGCUGCUGCCCAGCCCCGGACUGGCGCUCACGCAGAUGGCACUGCUCAAGUUCAGCUCGCACCGUGCAGCGGCCAUGGCCAAAAAGGCCCUGAUGGAAGGGCAGUCACGCCUCUGUGGAGAGCAGGUGGCUGUGGAGUGGCUCAAGCCAGAUGUGAAGCACCGACUCCGCCAGCAGCUUGUGGGGCCCUCGCUGAGGUGCCUACAGCCAGAAGGCAGCGGCUUGGCCCUCACUAGGGACAAGCUAGCGUCCCGAGGGGCUCGAACUGCCUUGCAGCUGCUGUGCCAACGGAUGAAGCUGGGUAGCCCAGUGUUCCUCACCAAGUGCUUGGGCACAGGCCCUGCUGGCUGGCACCACUUCUGGUACCAGGUGGUGAUCCCUGGGCAUCCAGUGCCCUUCAGUGGCCUCAUCUGGGUUGUGCUAACCGUGGAAGGGCAGGAUGGGCAUGAGGUGGCCAAGGAUGCUGUGUCUGCACGGCUGCUGGAGGCACUGAGUGAGUCUGGGGCCAGCCUCCUUUCGUGUGCUGGGGCAGUGAGCGAGUCUGGGGCCAGCGUCCUGUCGUCUGCUGGAGCUGAGGCAGGUGCCAUGGUUAAGCAGUAA